GGCAGCUCUUUUUUACCAUUGGAAUCUCCCCUCCGAACCCCCGCCCCUCUACUACUGCCCCUCCGCCUCGUCUUUGCCCCUCCUCCACAUAACAACGUCCCGUUGCCUUAUCGCGAGCGCUUCCACCUCGGAGCCUUCUUCACCACCGACCUAUACACGCCGACGCGCGUGUCGUCACGCCGCCGUCUCCUUCUCCUCCGCCGCCGUCAUGUCGGCCGCCAUCCGUGCUGCCCGCACCCUGCGGCCGGCCAUGGCCGCUUCGGCCACGCGCCCCUUCACCACCGCUGGCGCCGUCCGCCUGGCCUCGGUCAAGCCCUUCCACAAGGACGAGCCCGCCGGCCCCAUCCUCAAGACGUCGUCCUUCCCUGGGCCCGAGGCCACCCGCUACGCCAAGGAGCUCAACGAGGUCUUCGAGACGCGAAGCUUGAACAUGGUUGCCGACUAUACUAAGAGCGCCGGCAACUACAUUGCCGACCCGGAUGGCAACAUGCUGCUCGACGUCUAUGCCCAGAUCGCCUCCAUCCCCGUUGGCUACAACAACCCGAUCCUGCGCAAGAUCGCCGAGACGCCCGAGAUGGUCGACGCCAUUAUCAACCGCCCUGCCCUCGGCAACUUCCCCUCCCACACCUGGGCCUCCAUCCUGAAGACGGGCAUCCUCAAGUACGCCCCCAAGGGCCUCGACAAUGUCUACACCGCCAUGGCCGGUUCCGACUCCAACGAGAUCGCCUACAAGGCCGCCUUCAUGUACCGCCGCCAGAUGGAGCGAGGCGGCCCCGAGGUCGACUUCACCCCCGAGGAGAUCGAGUCUGCCAUGCGCAACGAGGCCCCCGGAUCCCCCAAGCUGUCCAUCCUCUCCUUCAAGGGCGGCUUCCACGGCCGUCUGUUUGGCUCCCUCUCCACCACCCGCUCCAAGCCCAUUCACAAGCUCGACAUCCCCGCCUUCGACUGGCCCCAGGCCACCUUCCCCCAGCUCAAGUACCCCCUCGAACAGCACGCCGAGGAGAAUGCCAAGGCCGAGCAGGCCAGCAUCGACGAGGUCGAGCACCUCAUCAAGACGUGGCGCGUCCCCCCUGCCGCCGUCAUCGUCGAGCCCGUCCAGAGUGAGGGUGGUGACAACCACGCCAGCCCCUCCUUCUACCAGAAGCUCCGCGCCGUUACCCGCAAGCACAACGUCCUCCUCAUUGCCGACGAGGUGCAGACCGGCCUCGGUGCCACGGGCAAGUUUUGGGCGCACGAGCACUGGAACCUCCAGGACCCUCCUGACAUGGUCACCUUCUCCAAGAAGGCCCAGACCGCCGGCUACUACUUCCGUAACAUCGACAUGCGCCCCAACAAGCCCUACCGCCAGUUCAACACCUGGAUGGGUGACCCCGCCAAGGCCCUGCUCUUCCGCGGCAUCUGCGGCGAGAUUGAGCGCCUCGACCUCGUCAACAACACUGCCAAGGUCGGCGACUACCUCUUCGGCAAGCUCGAGGGCCUUGCUCAGAAGUACCCCGACCACUUCCAGAACCUGCGCGGCAAGGGCCGGGGCACCUUCAUCGCCUUUGACCACCCCAAGCGCGACGAGUUCCUCGUCAAGGCCAAGUCGUUUGGCAUCAACAUUGGCGGCAGCGGCGCCAGCGCUGUCCGCCUCCGCCCCAUGCUCAUCUUCCAGCAGCACCAUGCCGACAUUUUGCUCGAGGCUCUGGAGAAGCUUGUCAAGACCCUGUAGGACGAGCUCUCGAUGCCAUCAUCACAGGACAAUGGAACCGGCAAAUUAAAAAAAAACAUGAUGAAAUAGCGGGAAAAUCACACCUUUUUUGGCCAUGAUGGACAAGUUUAAUUUUGCAUCUGCUCACUAACGUGCAGUGAGAGGGACACGAGGGUCGAGCUGCCCAGCUCGGGAGCCAUGUCGCGUUGCUUUGUGCAUGUUUUGUCUUGAUAUACAUCUAUAUACCCUCGUUCGCGAGGCUUCGCGCGGCGUGUGCUCGCUCGUCGUCGCCGCGAGGAAUGGGUCUCAGACGAGCCGUCGGAGGAUUGGCAGGGGGGACAGAAAAAACCUUCCGUCGGUACUACCUACUACAUCUAAACCUGGCGUUGUGUCGCCUCUUCUCGACCGGACAGUUUACUGUGGAUUGGAGCGUGAGGGGAGUGAAUGCGUGUCCAUGUUAUGUACCACCCGCAGGACGCCGAGGACGGGGCUCCCUAGACCAUCAGACAGACCUGAAUGAUGG